CUCAAGACUUCACAAAGCCAAAGCAAGUCAGAUCAGUGAAGUCUGUGUCGAAGUGGACACUCGAUUGCCGACCCAGACACAUGCCUCUUGUCGAUAACAAUAAUGUGGACACGCCGAAUCCUACUUGGUACUGUUGACCGGUGAAUGAGUACGCGGUCGAUCUUCUGUAACAUGCUCAACCUUUGACUCUGUCGACCAUCAUUAACACAACAGCCUGCAACCUCUUGAACAGCAGGAUCCUAACAAUUGCACCACGUAUACUACUCGUACGGAUUCAAAAUCACUACCUUUACAACACAGCCAAACUUCUCAUCACCUCCUCCUCAACCCAAAAACCCCCGAAGAAACAUAUUCCAUCACCAUGUCGCACUCAAUGUCCGGCAUGGGCCACAUGGACAUGACCUUCUUCACUGGCCACACCACUCCUCUUUACUCAAACUCAUGGACACCAUCUUCUGUAGGAGGCUAUGCAGGCACCUGUAUUUUCCUGAUCCUUCUCGCCAUCAUGUUACGACUUCUCUUCGCGGCAAAGGCACUCUGUGAACAGCGAUGGUUGGCUAGUGCGCAGAACCGACGUUAUGUGCUUGUCCGUGGGAGGUCAACGGAAGCCGGCAGGAUCGAUCAGGAUCCUGACGCCAAAACCGGCUCGCUGGUGACAGCGAACGGGGUGGAGGAAAACAUCAAAGUUAUACAAGCAUCGACUGGAGCAGUGGUGCCUUUUCGAUUAUCUGUCGAUGUCCCUCGUGCUUGUCUUACAACCCUCAUUGCCGGUAUCUCAUAUCUACUCAUGCUGGGUGUUAUGACCAUGAACGUGGGCUACUUUCUCUCGGUGCUGGCGGGCGUUUUUGUUGGCGAACUGGCUGUGGGCAGAUAUGCUCAGAUUGAUGAACAUUUACAUUGAGCGACGCUUAAUGAUACUCGUAUAUUUUGUAGCCAAAAGCUCAAGAGCCCUGAUAGAGGUUGCUUGACAGAAGAUUCGUUUUGCAGGCCUCGUCUUACUAGUCGUUGUGGUUGCCCUUGUUGGGGUCUCCGGAGACCCGUCAUUCUCACUAUCCUCAUUUAGAAUCGGUAUAGCUCUUGGGAAAUCAAAUUGAUGAUUGUAUGACACA